UUUGUUUUGUUUUGUUUUUUUCAAGUUUGCAUCACUUAUAUUUGAAGAUGCAUCUUUUGGGGAUUUACACCAUUUGGAUUUUAUUCCGUGCAGCCCUGUGCAACUAUUCUGAGGAUCAGUGCAGUUGGAGAGGCAGUGGUUUGUCCCAGCAGCAAGGCAGCGUGGAGCAGAUCUCCCUCCACUGCUCCGAGGGCACCCUGGACUGGCUGUACCCCAAAGGAGCCCUUCGUCUAACCCUCUCGCCCCGCCUGCCCUCUGUGGCUGUGGGCCCCGGGGGCGGCGGCGGCAGCUCGGGCCUCAUCACGGCCUGCGUCAAGCCCUCGGAGCACUUCCACGGCGCCCAGCUCUACCUGGAGAGGGACGGCGUGCUGGAGCUGCUGGUAGGGGACCGGCCCGAGUCGUCCCCCCCGCCGAGGGUGCGCUGCUUCAGCCGGCAGCCGGGGGAGAAGGUGGCUCUCUUCAUGCAGGCCACACCUCACCAAGACAUCAGCCGGCGCAUUGCGUCCUUCCGAUAUGAGCUGAGGGGGGACUGGACUGCGCGUCUGUCACUUGACUCCAACCAGAUCAGUACUGUUGGUGAGUUGUUCAAGUGGAGGCCAAAGCUGCCUUUGGAAUCAUUCAC